AUGGACAUUCAUUCCAUCCUCCCCAUGCAUCUGUUUGCAUUGAUUGUUGUUUCGGUAUUCGCAUACGUCAUUGGCAGUGUGGUAUAUCAACUGCACUUCUCACCAUUGUCGAGGUUUCCUGGCCCAAAGAUUGCCGCAGUGACAUACCUCUAUGAGUUUUAUUAUGAUGCCAUCCUCAAGGGUCGAUACAUCUUCAAAAUCAAGGAGCUGCAUGAGAAAUAUGGGCCUAUAAUUCGCAUCAGCCCUCGAGAACUUCAUAUCAAUGAUCCGCACUUCUACAAUGUUCUCUACUCACACAGCAAUCCCCGAGACAAGGAAUAUUAUUACCUGAAGCCCUUUGACUUUCCUCUUUCGUCCUUUGGCACGGAGAGCCAUCAGCUUCAUCGCUUGAGGCGGGGUGCCAUGAACCCGUUUUUUGCAAGAGGCCGGGUUCUCCAGCAGGAGAGCCUAAUCCAAGGCCUUGUGAAAAAGUUAUGCAGCCGGAUCGAGAACUUUGGUGCAGGUGGCGGUACUGUGCCGCUGUCACUCGGUUAUACCUGUCUGACCACAGAUCUGAUCGCCACGUUUACUAUGGACAGAUGUUACGGUUAUCUUGAAGCUCCAGACUGGUACCCUAACUGGGGCCAGGUGCUUAGAGACGCAUCCGAGAUGUCAGUGGUUUCAAGACAGCUGACUUGGGUGCUGUCGUUGCUGAAGAUGCUCCCAAAAUCCCUCACAAUGUCCCUGAAUCCUGGCCUCAAACUGUUCUAUACGUUGGCAGAACGUUGUAGGGAAAGGAUAGACGAGGUCCAGUACGAACGUCAGAGGGAACAGAAGGGCUCUGAAGAAACUGUUGGGCGCAAAAAGACCGUAUUCGACCAGAUAUUCGACUCCCGGCUCAGUGGCGAGGAGAAACGUCCGGCAAGGUUGACCCAGGAAGUCCGUUCCAUCAUUGGUGCAGGAACAGAGACAACCUCAAAUUGCCUGUCCGUUAUCUCCUUCCAUCUCUUGCGGAACCCAGAGAAGCUUCGGAGGCUCAGGGAAGAGCUUCGGGAGGCUGAACCAGACCCGACCGCCGAAAUCAGGCUGUGCCAGCUUGAGAGUCUCCCGUACCUGGUAAGUUGGGUUGCCCACGCGACAAAAACCAAACAGCAGAACAAAGCUAACCAUUUAAAAUCCCGCAGUCUUCGGUUGUCCUCGAAGGUUUAA